AUGUCGUCUGCAUCAAAUAUUCAUAAUAAUCAUAGUCGAUCAACUGUGCGUGAUUCAUCAUUUCAUCCACAAAAUCAAUCCUUACUUGAAACUAUAUCACCUGAAUCAUCAUCGCCAAUAAGUAUUACAUCAAAACUUAGUAGACAUCAGCGUUCAUCAACAAAUAAAAAAAAAAGUAAACAUCAUCGACAACGAUCAUCUGACAAAGAUAGUGAUAGUAAUCAUCAAAAAUCUCGUCGAACAACAUCAGCACAUCGUUCAUCGCCCAAAGAUAACAAUACCGAUAGUCGAAAUUCUCAACGUGUAUCAUCAUCAUCAUCAAAGCAUUCUCGACAUGAAUCAACUUCAAAACGACGUUAUCAUAAUUCUGAACAACAUCGUCAUACAUUUGAUACAUCAUUUCCAAUAUCACAAUCCCAUGAUAGUGAUUUUGAAGCAAUAAAUAAAAAACGUAAACAUCAUGAUGGAGAUAAUGAUCGUCAUAGUAAUCAUCAUUCAUCAAAAAAACAUCGACGAUCCAGUCCAUCAACGAUCUAUUCUUCACAUCGUCGUGAUCGUUCAAAACAUCGACGACGAUCAUCAUCAUCAUCUUCAACACGUUCAAACGAAAAUAAUCAUUAUUCACCAUCCAAAGAAUAUGAACAUGGUCAACAGGGAAAAUUAACAAAAGGAACACUCGGCUCAGAGCUUGAUAAAUUAAGACCAAAAACAAGGAAACAGAAAGUAGUAUCACAAACCAUAACAGCAUCGAAUGAUCAAAUACAAAUAAAUAAUAAUGAUAAAAAUGUUAAAUCAUCUGGCCAACUAUUAACAUCUAGUUCAAACUCCAGUCGUUUCGAUUCAAAUGUACGGCGUCGACCAACAUCAUCGUCAAAUUCUACCAAUGUUUCACUCUCUGGUGGUCAAACAAAUUUAACACGUUCAUUGCCGAUGCCACCCAAUUAUGAACAAGAUUCUCCUUCAUCGUCGAGUCCAAAUAAUAUUUCGCCUAGUCAUUCAGCAUCAACAAAUAAGCUUCAUUCUUCUAAUCAAUCUGAUAAACCAAUGCGAAGACCUUUGAUUCUUCAACGUCGUGAUGAUAUGCGUAAAAAUCAAUGGGAUGAUCGUAACGUUGACAUGUAUGAAAUCUUAACUAAAAUUGGUGAAGGUACAUAUGGUGAAGUUUUUAAAGCACGAGAUAAACAAACCGGUGACCUUUGCGCAUUGAAAAAAGUUCGAUUAGAAAAUGAAAAAGAAGGUUUUCCAAUAACAGCUGUUCGUGAAAUUCAAAUUCUUCGUCAAUUAACUCAUGAGAACAUUGUUAAUUUAAAAGAAAUCGUUAUGGAUGCACGUUCAAUAUCAGAUAUACGAAAUGAUACAUCAUUUUAUUUAGUUUUUGAAUAUUGUGAUCAUGAUUUAUUUGGUCUAUUAGAUUCUGGUUUAAUUCAACUUGAUUUAGAUCAUAUUGCUUCCUUGAUGUUUCAAAUUAUGUCUGGCUUAGCUUAUUGCCAUAAUCGAAAAUUUUUACAUCGCGAUAUAAAAUGUUCAAAUAUUUUACUAAAUAAUCAUGGAAACAUAAAAUUAGCUGAUUUUGGUCUUGCACGAUUAUACAAUGCUGAAGAUAAAGAUCGACCAUACACGAAUAGAGUUAUUACAUUAUGGUAUAGGCCACCGGAAUUAUUACUUGGCGAAGAAAGAUAUGGACCAGCGAUUGAUAUUUGGAGUUGUGGAUGUAUUUUAGGUGAAUUAUUUCAACGUCGACCUUUAUUUCAAGCACAACGUGAAGAUGAUCAAUUAGAAAUUAUUUCACGUUUAUGUGGUUCACCUACACCAGCUGUAUGGCCAGAUGUCAUAAAUUUACCUUUAUUUGCAACAUUGAAACAACGAAAAACUUAUAGAAGAAGAUUACGUGAAGAAUUUCAAUAUCUUGCUGAACCUGCUUUGGACUUACUAGAUCGUAUGCUCGAAUUAGAUCCAUCAAAACGAAUAAGUGCAGAUGAUGCACUUCAAUCAUCGUGGCUUAAAUGUAUUGGCGAUGGUACAAUGAAAGCUCCUCCUUUACCAACUACACAAGAUUGUCAUGAAAUGUGGAGUAAAGAACAUAAACGAUUAUCGCGUCGUGGUUGGAAUGAAAAUGAAAUUCAAGCACAUUUUAAGGAACGUGAAAUUAUCGAAUAUCAACGAUAUAAUCAAUCUAAUGACAUGCAGAUGGAUAGUCCUGAUCUAACAACUAUUUUUACUGAAAGUCCAAAACAAUACAAGGAUAAUAUUGUUUCAUAUCAACAAUCGAAUGAAAUGCCAGGUUCAAUAACAUCAACAAGAAAUGAUACUAAUAAUAAUGCUCAUAAAUUAAAUACCAAUUAA